GUUUUGAUGUCAUUGUUUGGUUCCACCCUGAACCAGAACAAAGCGUUUACCGAAGGUGGGUGAAUGAACGAAUGAUUAAAGCGAGAUACAGACGAUUGCCCCAGCGUAGGCCUGCAUCUUUUUAUUGAAAUUAUGCCCCUUCCAAUAUGGCGGACGUGUUGACGUGUGGCGCAAUAGCGCUAGUUAGCAACGAUGGCUAACGCGGAACUUAUAAAGAGUUUUCUACGAAAAUGCGCUACAUCUCGCUGUUACUGAAUUACUCGGGGUGUUAAACUGCGGUUUAUUGAACAGAAUAGUGAGCUAAAGUUGAACUGAACGGAUACUAGGACUUAAACGGCUCUGAGAGCUACACGGCUGACAUUUUGAUGGACCGUGUAAUGAGCUGCACUGCUGUGCACAGAGACCGGGGGAAUGAGUGCAGAGAUCAGCAUUCAGAGGUUCGCUAAAACUCGGUGAACAACAGAAAUGUGCGGUUGCACAAAUCAGAGCAGGAGUUUAAGCCGUUUACAGGACAACAGCAGCGGAAAGCUCUAGACUACAGGCUCAGGGUCCCUCACCGGGCCUUUUAACGCAAAAACAACUCGAUGGAAGCGACUCGGUGUUAGAGGACAACAAAGGAGCGGGUCUGAGAGGGCAGGACAGGACAGGACAGGACGGUUAGAGAGUUAGUUUAAAGCCCGGACACGAUGAUGGUGUUACAGCUGCACAGAACGCUGCUGCUGCGGCUCAGGGGCGCUGCGCUCUCACCGCACAGGACCUGUGGGAAAAUGUCCCCCGACAACACACUGCGGGUCCUGAUCGACAUGGACGGUGUUCUCGCGGAUUUCGAGGGGGGAUUUUUAAAGAAAUACAGACAAAGAUACCCAAAUGAGCCGUACAUCAGCCUGGAGGAGCGCAGAGGAUUCUGGGUGUCGAGUCAGUACGGAGAGCUGAGAGAAGACCUUUGUGAAAAAGCCGUUAGCAUUUGGGAGUCCAAGAACUUCUUCAUGGACCUCGACCCUCUACCAGGAAGUCUGGAGGCUGUGAAGGAGAUGGCAAAGAUGAAGAAUACAGAUGUCUUCAUUUGCACCAGUCCAAUUAAACACUACAAACACUGUCCAUUCGAAAAGUAUGCUUGGGUGGAGAGACACCUGGGCCCUGACUUUCUGGAGAAAGUAAUUUUGACAAGAGACAAGACAGUAGUGAGUGGAGACAUCCUCAUUGAUGACAAACCAGACAUCCUUGGCGUGGAGCCCAAUCCAUCCUGGGAACAUGUCCUUUUCACUGCCUGCCAUAACAAGUACCUCCCUGCCAUCACCAGUCAGAGGCGCCUUCUCUCCUGGUCUGAUGAUUGGAGGGGCAUCCUGGAGGGAAAACGCUAGUGAGAGCCUGGUGUCCUCCAUCACACCCUCACCACCUUACCACUGGUCAGCCUUCGCCUUAGUGGACUUGCAGAAAUAACACUGAGGAUAUCCGUGGUGUAAGAAAUCACAGCAUUGGUCCAAAUGUAAAGCUCGAAGCCAGGUUUAUAAGUAAGGGACAUACUAUACAGACAAGCCUGAGUUUGUGAACAAAUAACAGAAUCAAAGUGACCUGCAGGAUAAACUGAUAGACACGCAACACAACCAAAGGGGAAAUGAAUAUGAACAUUUAUAACAUUAUUAUAACUCUGUCUAAUUUUGAACAAAUCAGUAGGAAUUACUACAUUUUUUUUUUUUUUUUUUUUUACAGAUGGACAGUUUUCACCGAGCAUAAACUGCCCCAGAGCUCGAUUUUUGGAAACACAUUUUUAUGCAUAUAAAAAAAGGCAACACAACGUGGUUCUUUUACUCCAGUCGAUUAGCGCACAAACUUUACUUAAAAUUAUUAAAAUGCUUUUAUCGAAUAGAAUUCUUUUGCCAAAGUGUAUACAUAUUGAGAGAUUCGCACUCUACAAGAGACGUGUACGAGUUUGUGUUCAGGUUCCUUUUAUUUAUAAACUCUUUUUUUUUAAAAUUAAUAUUAUUUGUGCGUAAGUCAAAUUAUAUCUCAAAAUAAGCCGAAGAUACACGCACUGUUUAUUAGUUACACUUUUUAGUACAAUGAGCACUGAGGUAGUUAUCAGUACAAUAAAGAAUAUUUUUUUUAAAACACAGCGUUAAAUGUGACCAGGCUCGGCACACAGAAAUAAUCACCUCCUUUUAUACGAAUUUUUUAAUUCACAACGAGUGACGUAAUAUUUCUUACAAUAAUUUAUAAUGUAAUGCUGGUGCACUCAGACUGCCUACAACUGCCUUUAAACACAUUAUUCAACAGAUUACUGUGUACUGUAUUAUUAAAUGAACUAAAACAGAUUUAGCGUCGACACGAAUUUGAAUGCUAACUAGACUGUAUAAUUUUAUGCUUUGCUUUUGCUUCGUGAAAACUCUAUAAGGUGAAAUUUCUUUUGCUUAAAUAGUCUAGAUUUUACGCUUUCUGAUGCAUGUGAGGUGAAACAUCAUUGCAUCUAAAACACUUACAAGUCAUCUCUUUUCCCACAACUCCUUAUUUUAAAGCUAGGUAAAAUGUGAAAUUAUGGGGCGGGGCCAAGUGGAUUGGGGCGGAGCUCAGUUCUAGACAAGUAUAAAAAUAUAUGUAGCCUGAAGCAUGACCUCAAAAAAAACUUUUUAUAGUUUUAUUAAUAUGAAACACUUAAAAAUACAAACCAUACAUUUAACCCAUAAAAAUAACAAAUACCAAUAUGCGUUCAAAUAAAAAUCCUUUUGAAAAUCACCGACGCAAACCCGACCGUCGAUGGGAGAAUUGGCUGGAGCUCAACAUAUUUAGUUCUCUAAACAUAACCGAUAUCUUACGUAAUCACGGGCAUUUAUGUAAUUUAUCUACCUGGUUGAAAAAGAGAAGGGUUUUCACUUCGGGAAAACUAUUUAAUAAAUUUGCCUUCUAUUUUGUAAUUAUUCAUGACAUAUUUUAAAAAGUCCGAAAUGAAAACAGUGUUAUUUUCCGCUCCAGAUUUACACCGUCAUCUCUCCUGAGUCCUGAGCACCACAAAACAAAACAAAAAGUCCAACUUAACUUUUAACUAACCCUAACCUAACCCUAUCCUAACCCUAACCCUUUAUUUACAGCCUUGAACCAACCGUUAAAGGUUAAGCAUUGAGAGCUAACAUUUUUUGACCUCUGUAAGAAAUACAUGUUAUGUAACUGGACCUACACAAAUUAUAUUUGAAUCUUCCUGGCACUGACUUCAACACUAUGAACCUACACACUGCUCUAUAUACUGUACAUACCCAAAAGAAAGACCGUUGAAUUGGACAAAACCCUAUAGGUUGUAUACAAACCUUAUUAAACUCGUCUGUAUUGUUGUUACCGCUGGCACAUUUCUGUUACUCUGCUGUAGCUGCAUGUUUGCUGUAGUUUUCAGGUGUUUUCAUUUACUCAGGACUGGUGAUGCUAGUUCUUUUUUAUAUGGGGAGAGAUGAGAGAAUUCAGAUUCAAAUGAUCAGAUUGGUUUGAGCCAGCUGGUAGGAUACCAUCAGCAGAAGACCUCUCAGGGUUCCAUGCCAGCUAAGAACAGGAAUCGGUUGACUCUGACGUUUUCUGUCCCAUUUUAUUGAGUCCGUACCUCAGAUACUGAAUUCUAGACUAUUGUUCAUGGCUGACAGGAGAAAACCCCAAUGUGGUCUUCUCCUGUUGUAGCUCAUCCACCUCAGGGCUUGAUGUUUAUCGACUGAUUAUUUGAGUUACUGUAUCCUUUUUGUUGGUUUGACCCAACCUGGCCACUUUGCUCUGACCUCUCUCAUCGACAAGGCAUUUCCCUGAACAGAAACGUGACUUACUUGAUGUUUUUUGUUUUCCCACACCAUUUUGUGACUCUAGGGACUCUCCUGAAUGUGGAUAUUAAGUGUGGAUAUAGUGAGUUGGAUUAAAUGAAUGAUUUUUAAAUAGAUUUUUAACUCAUUUAGGUUUUUAUGUUCUAAGUUGAUCCACUUGCAAUGUUUUUUAAAUCUGAAAUCUACUUGGGAAAUGGAAUGUUAAAUAAUGUUAAUUAACGGUGUAUGGAGAGGGUGAUUAUGGGUAAUUUGUUUACAAAUUUAGCAAAACCUCUAACAUUCGCUGCAUUUUCAGAGCUGUAGUGUAAGCGUGGCUGCUGCUGCCUUUACGUUGCACUGCUGAUGAUGUGGCUCUGUGAUGUAAAUAGGAAGCAAGCUGUCAGAUUAUUGAUUGACAGCCAUAACGAUCAUUUAGUCUGGGGGCGAGCCAAAGCUGUGUGACUCACCUCCUUAAUGAUUGUACUUGGUGCUCUACAUCAAUCACAUGUGUCUGUAUGAAGUGAGACAGGAUCAAAGCCACUCACUCAAGGUUUUAAUAAAGAAUGCAUUCUGUUUA